CCAGCCUUUAGUGGUUUUUCACAGAGGAGAAGUCAAAGUCUCAGACCUUCACUGUCACUGAGAGCUGACAUGGCACAGGGAGGAACUCAGCUGGACUCUGAAAAAUUCUCCUGUUCCAUCUGUCUGGAUCUACUGAAGGAUCUGGUGACUCUUCCCUGUGGUCACAGCUACUGCAUGAGCUGUAUUAAAUCCCACUGGGAUGGAGAGGACCAGAGGAGAAUCUACAGCUGCCCGCAGUGCAGACAGACCUUCACCCCAAGGCCUGUCCUGCGGAAAAACACCAUGUUAGCAGAGUUAGUGGAGGAUCUGAAGAAGACGGGACUCCAAGCUGCUCCUCCUCAUGGCUGCUAUGCCGGACCUGGAGAUGUGGCCUGUGAUGUCUGCACUGGGAGAAAGCUGAAAGCCCUCAAGUCCUGUCUGGUGUGUCUGGUCUCUUACUGCCAGCAGCACCUCCAGCCUCACAUUGAAUCUCCUGCCUUUGAAAGCCACAAGCUGGUCGACCCAUCCAAGAACCUGAAGGACAAGCUCUGCUCUCGUCAUGACGAAGUUUUGAAGAUCUUCUGCCGCACCGAUCAGCAGUGCAUCUGUUAUCUCUGUUCUAUGGAUGAACAUAGAGGCCAUGACACAGUCUCAGCUGCAGCAGAAAGAACCGAGAGGCAGAAAGGGCUUGAGGAGAAUCGCAAAACAAUCCAGCAGAGAGUCCAGGACAGAGAGAAAGACAUGAAGGUGCUUCAGGAGGAGGUGGAGGUCUUCAAUCGCUCUGCUGAUGAAGCAGUGGAGAACAGCGAGAAGAUCUUCAGCGAGCUGCUCCGUCUGCUUGAGAAAAGAAGAUCUGAUGUGAAGAAGCAGAUCAGAUCGCAGCAGGAAGCCGAAGUGAGUCCAGCAAAAGAACUGGAGGUGAAGUUGAAGCAGGAGAUCGCUGAGCUGAGGAGGAAAGACGCUGAGCUGGAGCAGCUCUCACACACAGAGGAUCACACACAUUUCCUGCACAGUUACCCCUCGCUGUCAAGUCUCAGUGGAUCUACAGACUUUCCCUGCACCGAUAUCCGUCCUCUGCGGCGCUUUCAGGAUGUGACUGCAGCUUUGACAGAGCUCAGAAAUAAACUACAGGGCGUUCUUAGUGAGGACUGGACUAAGAUCUCACUGACAGUGACUGAACCAGAUGUUUUACUGUCACAACCAGAACCCAGAACCAGAGCUGAGUUGUUACAAUAUUCAUGUCAAAUCACACUGGAUCCAAACACAGCACACCGAGAGCUGGCUUUAUCUGAGGGGAACAGAAAGGCGACAGGAAUGCGAGAAAAGCAGUCGUAUCCUGGUCGUCCAGACAGAUUCAUUUCAUUCUGUCAGGUCCUGAGCACAGAGGGUCUGACUGGACGUUGUUACUGGGAGGUGGAGUGGAGCGGUGUGAGAGUUUCCACAGCAGUUGCAUAUCCAGAUGUGAGCAGAAAAGGGAGUGAAAGUCGAUUUGGAUAUAAUGACAAGUCUUGGGCAUUAGAGCGUCACAACAACAGUUAUAAAUUCAUCCAUAACAGUGAGGAAACUCCCAUACGAGGCCGUGUGUCCUUCAGAAUCGGAGUGUACCUGGAUCACAGAGCAGGUGUUCUGUCCUUCUACAGCGUCUCUGAAACCAUGACUCUCCUCCACAGAGUCCAGACCACGUUCACUCAGCCGCUCCACGCUGGGAUCUGCUUGAUUUACUAUGGAUCCACUGCUGAGCUGUGUGAGCUCAAGUAGACAGAAAUGAUGAUUUGUAAGAUUCUGGGUUUUCUCAUCUCUGCGGUUUUUCUGCUCUGCAAGAACAUGAUGUCCAAGAUUAUUUGUCCCUGCAGAAAAGGGCAUGUAGGAGAGGAAGAACAGCAGCUCCAUAAAGAAGGAGGACAUUACGAACCCAGCAGACUCACAAUGGCAGAUUCAGGGAUUCACAAUGUUA